CGUGAACCCAAAGUCCCAAAUGGACCGCCAGAUAUGACCAAUUUGUUUCUUUUAAGAAUUACAUGUAGAUGGCUUGCGAGAAACGAAAGUGCAAAAUCGGAGUGUUCUAUAGAGAGAGUAGAAUCAAUUCGAAGAGAAGUAAUUUGUUUAUGCAAUUAUAUACACAAUAAACAGAUAGAGAGAGGAACGAAAGUUCUAGAGAAACUGCGAAAUGGUGCUGUGGGAGAUCACUUUGGGAACGGCCUAUUUUCUGGGUCUGAAACGAACAUACAGACUGGCUCUCAAGAUUCAGCGCAAGCUUAUUAGUCCCAAACAUCCUAAGAUCCGUCAAUUUGCUCAAAGACGAACUCGUGCUGCAUUUGAUGUUGCACUCACAGUUCAUCGCAAGAUACAAGAAAGGGAUAUUGAAGUUGGGCGAAACCUUGGCAACUGGAUCCUUCGAUGGCUUGAUAAAAUGAAGCCAUCAGCUCAAAUCCGAGUAAAGCACCCCUCCGACAGGACUGCCAACACAAACAUGAAAAAACCGUUGAAUAACUCAUCGCACCUGAACAAUCAAGGAGGGUUUCUCAAAUCCGGUUCAAGAAGUCAGUAUAAGGAAUCCACUCGGCAUCUUUUUACGGCAGCAAGGAACAUGUGGCCGAAACCCUUUCCUUCCGUUGCAAUAAUGAUGCAACCAAUGAGGCCAGCCGGAAGUCACAUCCAGUACAGGCAAUUCAGCACUGGAGGCUGUGAGCCUUUCACGGUGGAUUUUGGAAAAUUUGGUUCUGGAAUAAUUCGGAAUGAUAUAAGGCAGUGGAUACUGCAGAACUAAUCGUAUUCUUUGAUUUAUCUUCUCUCUAGCACGUCAAUGGUUUAAACCAAACACUACAAUUCAGUUUACGAUUAGGUACAAUUCAGGGCCUUGAUUUUCUUUCAUGGGUUUACGUAAAUUCCUUUUGAGACUUCAUUUUUCUUAUUACAUAUAUGUUUGUGUGGGUGUGAUAGAGACGGUAACAAAAGAAUAAUCUGUUUUUGCAAUAAAUUUAUGGUCGGUUAUAUGCA